AUGAAUGGUGUUACGAAAGAAAGUCAAUUUCAUUUUCACACUCUCAAAAUGCCACAAGCUUUCAACAACAACAAAAAAAGUUUAAAUAAAGGGAAACGUUGGAAAAAUGUUUUCCAAUCUCAUGAAAAGCUUUCAGAAAGUUCAUCGAUGUUCAUUCGAAUACGAUGUUUAUUUGAACGAAAAAAUGGCAAUUUCUUUCUCAUGAAAGCUUGCUUAACCGGAAAUGACCCAAGUGGACAUAAGGGAAGAAUAAUAUUAAAGAAUAAUGAAACAGCUUCGAAAAAGCACCAAAUCAAAUUAGUAGGAAGAACAGAAAAUGAAAAGACGAGGCCACAAGCUAGUCGGGUAGUGUGGCCGUCUCCAAAUAUAUAA